UGUUGUGAAGUUGGCUUCAGUUGAUUUUCGCCACCGGAGUGUCCUGCCCAGAAAACGCUUUCCGUGCAUUGUUUGUUGUUUUGGGGUGGAAAUCUCGAUCUAUAUUACACAAAAGGAUGGACAGGUCUUUCCAGAGUCCUAUAUUUAGCGGGCGGAGCUCGAGGCUAUCCACGGGGAGUCCUUUUUUACCGGGUGCACGCAAGCCCCUUUCAAACAUCAAGAAAUCGUCAGUUUCCAGCCGGUACAGUGUUUCCGGACGCUCAAACCAGACGCUCCAGAUCAUCGCUAAGUCUGACUAUAAUGUCGUGAAGACUUACGGACUGCCACUACCAGUGCUGGUGAACGAGGCUCUAACAUUUUCCGAUAGGAAUGUGCUCGUCUCAAUGAACUCAUCGGCCAAGAAUGGAUGGGCCUGGGUUGUUUGCGGAAGACGCCUGCUAGUUUGGCAGUACAGAGAAUCAAAGUUUGGCUCUCCGAGGAGUGACGGAAGUCGACCAGUGCAGCGCCGAGGCAUCGCAGGGCAGUGUCGCGAACUGACUCUCCCUCACUGCGAUAUCGGUCACAAGGCAUCUUUGAUAACAGUGUUCGUGAACGAGGGACAGCAGAUGGCCUCUUGUUUGGCGGUGUCGCCAACAGGAGAUAUUCGCUAUUGGCCAUCGGUGGCUCAUGACGGCUCCUCAAUCGACGAGACAAUCAGUCUGGAGGGCCAGGAGUUCGACGAGCUGCUUAGUAUUUCCCCAAUUGGCUACGUUGUGGCUACGACGACAUGCGAUUUGGUGCUGCUUCAGUUGCAGGUGUCUGGAGGGAGACAGACCAUCACCAACAGAGCUAUCAAGGCUCCUUCGGGAUUCCUUGGUGGCAUUGGACGCAAGUUUGCCUCCAUAAUUAUCGGGAUGCACAAUCAAGACAGGGAAAAUAAACUCCUGAGAAUGUGCGCAGAACCGAGCGGAGGGAGAGAGUGGACAGUGUCAGUGAUGUCUGAGCGCUGGAUUCAACGCUGGAGCUUCCAGAUGACCGACGGAGAGUGUUUCAUCUUUGAAGACUCUGACUUUCUGCGUCGCAUUCGGGAGUCUUUCCACAAGAAGUUCUGGGUGAAUAGAGAUCCUAAUGAAGUGGAGAUUUGGUUGCUGGAUCUCCAGACGUCUGACUCGGAUCUGGUGGUUUUGGCGGCAGGAAUGAACAAGUCAUUCACUCCUCAGCUCCACUACGCGUUGAUCACAUUCAACUGCAGUGAGAAUCAGGAUCAUCUGGUGCUCAGUAACUUCCACCAGUUGACAUACAACACUUUCCACAGUGAAGAGCAUGAGAGUGACUUGCUUGCGAUGAAGUUCGUGCUGAACAAGAACUACGCUUACGUCUACUCUGAGAAGACAAUCUUCCCUGUGUUGCUGAAUGAGCCUGCAGAGCGCUCGGAAGAGGUGGAGAGGCUAGACUUCCUAGUGCAGGGAGACAAGUUGAUGGCCGCCAGCAUGUGCCAGGGAUGCCCUAUAUUCUUCUCUCGGGUUUACGGAUUGGUGUGUGUCUCUCCGGCGGAUUUCGAGCCCGGCGACUUCUUCAAUGCCUCAAUGACAUCAGAUGCUCUGCAGAGUAGCCAGAUUUUGUCAGACAGUGGAUAUCUGCAGCAAACAAUUGUGGGAAAUCUCACACUCUACGAUUUGGAUCCGGAAAUCAUCAGUUCUAACAGUGACAUGAUCAGUCAGCUGAAAUCUGCAUUCAUUUAUCAGCUGAAGCGCAAUUCAGUUGCCUGUUUUGCGAUCCUGAAGGAACUCUUUCCUCCGGAUGUCGUUACGCCAGAAAUUGAUGCUCCUAUGGACGUGUCAAUCUUGAAGAUUGCUCAGGAUCUGGCUGAUGACAAACCUGCAGCCGAUCCACGAUGGGAGCAAUCUGAUUUGGACUUCUCUAGGCACUCCCUGGGCAGUUCAACAUCACUGCAGAUUGUUCAGCAGUUGCGUGAAAAGAACUUUGCUCUCAAUCACUUUGUUGAGUUUCUGCAUUCCUCAAAGCUAUGGGAAAGGCUGAGAUCGAUCUCAAGCAGAGGAACUACGAAAGCUACAACUCAUCUCCUUUCUGAUAUCAAUGAAAAGAUUAUCGUUGCCAUUUCACUGAAAAAUGCCCAAGGAAAUCAUUCAGUGGUCAUGGAUAAUGCCAUGAAGAUGGUUCUGGAGCAGAGGCAGGAAGUUCCGUGUGGAAAUCUAACACAUCAAGAUGUUUUUUACGUGAAAGUGACAAAGAUCCAGGACAUUUUCCAUGCCAUGAGUGAUCAAAUGGAGAAUUUCAUUGUGUCCGAAGACUUCCUUGCUGAGAAUAAGUCCAUGAUCGUUGAGAUCAAUUCUGUGGUCUUGACGGCAAUUGGGGAGAUUAUAAAAUUCAGAGACGCUAAAGGAUCACUCUUCGCUCUGCCAGAAGCUCAAGCGCGCCUCCAUGAGAAUCUCCCGUGGACGACAAUGGGCGGGAAGAAUGGAAUUCGCGAUGCUCUGAUGAAGAUGAUCAAUUCGACGCUUAAGUAUGGCGCUAGGGGAACCGGAGAGCCAGAACUGCGGCAAAAGUACUAUCAGCAGUUGAUGGAAUUGACAGAUUUCGUGCUGGAUGGAAGGAGAAACUUCCUGGAGAGCAGUCGCAGGAAGGAGCAAUAUAGCAUCCUCUUGCAGCAGUACGAAUCUCAGAGAAGUGACCUCAUUUAUCCCUUCGUGGAGGACGAACAGUUCGAGUUGGCAGCGAAAUUGGCUGAGAAGUACAUGGACUUCCAGAUCUUGGUGGCAAUAUGCGACCGAACGAGGAAUCAGGCAAAGCUGGAGGAGUAUAUUGAGCGUUUCAAGGACAUGGAGUUCUCUCAGUUUGCCAUCAAUUGGCACUUGAGACAGAACAAGCAACAGGAUCUCUUUGAUCGAUUCAAGAACAAUCAAGCUGCUCUUGGGCGCUUCCUUCACGAUCAUCCAUCUCUCGCGUGGGUUCAGUUCGUUUUCAAUGGUGAGCUGAUGAAGGCUGCUGAGAUUCUCUUCGUGUUGGCUCAGAAUGAGACUGAAUUGGUGGCGCGGAAGAAGACAAAUCUCUCACUGGCGAAGUUGUCGUUUUUCGCUGCUGGAGAUUCUGCUGAUCAAAUUGAAAUGAUCAACAAUGAGUUGAAUUUGAUUGAGUAUCAGGAACAGCUGCCGAUUGAGGUUCUUCAGGCAUUUGGAUUCGACACUGAUAAUCCCAAAGUGUUGAAACCCGAGGAGAUAAUUAAUUUGUACAUUUCGGAGGAGAAUGAAGGUGCGACGGAGUAUGACUUCCGCAAGGCUCUUGAAAUGCUUCAAUUUGUCGAGGAUAAUCAGACUGUGCGGCACAAGAUUUGGUGUGCGGCCAUUUUAAGGGAUUCCUGGACCAAUUACGAUAUGAAUGAUCCUCUGAAUGAUAUGCAAGACAUGAUGUUCUUCAAAUUAAUUGAUUGCUGCCACUUGAGAGAUGAGAAUCUCGAGGAUGUGUUGCCGUCAAUAAGAGAAUUUUUGCACUCGCCAGAAUUAGGUCCGUUGACCGACAACAAAUCCUUCCAGUAUCUCCUCCAAUUUGGCUAUGAGCACAUCAACAGAGCCUACAAGAAGAGUGACAUGUAAGAAGUGGGUAAAUACUACAUUUUGAUAUUUGAAGCUUUUUAUUU